AUGCCAUCGUCACUCCCCGCUUUACCUCUCAUCCACUCACCCAUGUCUUCCUCUUCCCCCUCCUCGUCUCGUCCCUCUCCCCCUCUUCCUCCCAAGGAGCAUCAUCACCCGAGAGCAUCAUCGCCCGAGUAUGCCGUGUCAGCGGACGACUGCAACGCCAUCAUCGCCGUGGAGUGUGUGCCGCUUGACGAGGCAGGCAGACGGGGGGAGUUGUCUCGAGUGGUGGUCAAUGAAGGCAACUUGAUCCAACUCGAGCCCACGGUGCAGGACACACUGGCAGGAUGGCUAUCAGAGGGCUCCACCCAGUUUGAAGCCACCCUCGUGGAGAUCAGUGAGGGGGAGGAGCCGCAGGAGCAGCAGCAGACACCGCAGGCGGUGACUCUGCAAGUGAGGAGGCCAGACUUUGUGCUGCGCAAGGCCAAGAAGGCCUUUAUCAAGGAGCCCUGGGGCAACCUCACUGCGGUGGAGAUCAGUGUCAUGCAUCGCAUGUCUCUCUUCUUCAUCCUCUCCGAUGGCCGGCAACUCUUCCUUGAUUUCAGGGAUGCCAGAACGAGGGACUUAGCAGCGCUGUGCAUUCGGCAGUUCAAGGCCAACGUGCAUGAGAAGUUCAAGGCCAACGUGCAUGAGAAGGUGAGAGGGGGUGUGAAGGAGAGAGGAGAGUGUUGA